AAAUCGCCUUCCGGCGGCUCGCGGCGCAGUGCGCUCUGGACCUCGGCGGCGCGGUGCUCUGCGGCUCCGCGCGCCCCGGCGUCGUGGACACGGAGGGCCUGCGGGCCCACGCCGACGACGCGGCGAAGCUCGGCCUGCCCCACGCGGCCUGGUUCGCGGAGACGCUCGCGCGGGGCGCGGCCGCGCCGCCCGCGUUCCUCGCGGCGCUGCUCCUCGACUGCCCCGCGGCGGACUUCGGCGCGCGCGAGCACUCCAUCCGCGACGCGACGCCCUGGUGGGGCGUCGCCGUGAAGCGCACGCGGGCGACGGGCGACGUGCGGCUCUGCUGCCUCGACGCCGUCGUCGUCGACGCGACGGCAACGCGCGACGCGGCGUGGGUCGCGGCGCGCGGCGGCGCCUUCGGGUCGACGGCGCCGCGCCUGUCCCGGGCGACGAUGGACGCGCUCCUCGCCGACGUCGCGCCGGACUGCGCGCGGCUGCCCGGCGGGCUGGGCUUCAACGCGGCGCUCGUCGCGGCGCGCCGCGGCGCGGCCGUCGGCUUCCUCGGGUUCGCGUGCGGCGGCGACGGCGGCGGCGACGUCGUCGUCGGCGCCGCCGAGGCCGCGGGCCUCCGCGCGCGCUGCCUCGUCGAUGCGCAUUCGCGGACGACGACGGUCUGCCCCGUCGUCGACGCCGCGUCCGGCGAGCGGGCCAUCUUCUGGACCGCGGACGGCUGCGCGCCGUCGCCCGACUUCGCGGCGGCGCAGCUGCCGGAGCUCUUCCGGGGCGACGACGCCUGGCUGUCGACCUGCCGCGUGCUCUACGUGCCCGGCUGGUUCCUCUACGUGCCGGGCGCGGCGGACCGCGUCGUCGCGCUGGCGAAGCAGCGGCCCGACCUCGAGGUCGCGGUGAAUCUCGCCGGCGCGGACCUCGUCGCCAACGCGAGCGCGGCGCUCCUCGACGUGCUGCGCGUCGCGGCCUUCGUCUUCGGCAACGAGUCGGAGUACGCGGCCCUGGCUCCGCUGCUCGACAAGCCCGGCGCGGUCGUGGCCGCCCGGGCGCUCGGCACCUGGGCGGACGCGACGCGCACGGUGCUGGCGACCUUCGGGCCGGACCCGACGGUGCUGGCGGCGGGCGACGACGUCGCGACGUUCCCCGCGCCGCCCGUGGAAACCGUCGUCGACACGACGGGCGCGGGCGACGCGUUCGCGGGCGCGUACCUCGCGGCCCACGUCGACGGCGCGCCGCCGGCGGAGUGCGUCCGCUGCGGCCACAAGGCCGCGGCGAACGUCACGCGCAUGCGCCGGAGCUCGUCGGCGAACGGCACGAAUUUCGAGAUCGUGCGCGAGAUCAAGUGGCACCAGUACAUUCCCAUCGUGAACGUCAUCUACGAUGUUUUCUUCGACGUGCCUCCCACCGUGGACCAGCUCCGCGAGCUCAUCAACAUGCUGCUGAUGUUCGACACGCUGCUGCUGAGCUGCGUCGUCGGGCUGCCCUUCAACUACGGCUACGCGGACUUCGCGGAAUUGAUCGAGCGCUUCACGCCGCGGGACUCCUACGGCGAAGUCGGCGGCGUCUCCGAGGCCGGCUACGCGAAGCUGUGGGACCGCGCGAGCUACCGCGGGCAGACGUCCUGGCAUUUCGUGGAACGCUUCGGCCAGUACUACGUUCUCUCGCUCGCGGCGCUGUCGUCCGCGGGCAUGAUUAUGGUCGUACAAUACCUCAGCAUCAGCUUCACGUCGUUCCACGACGCCGAGGGCAAGCACUCGCCGAGGCAGCUCGAGGCCUACUGGCGCUGGGCCGUCGUCCCCUGCUUCCUCGCGACGCUCCUGUCGAUUUUGGGCGCCGUGUUCACGCAGCAGACGACGUACUUCCUGUUCGUCGCCGUCUUCCCGAAUCGCUACGUGGCGGCGCACGGCCAGUGGGGCGACGGCGUCUGGACGCACAACCCCUGGGCCUGGGCGCUCCUCAUGAUCUCCUACGUCUCGCUCGGGCUCGCGCUGGGCUCCUACGUGCUCAUCGGCAUGGCGACGCUCAUGAAGCUCCGCGCGCAGCGGGCGGACCACCUCGGGCCCUGGGACUCGCAGCGCCUGAGCUCGGCGAAGCCCGCCGUCUUCGCCGAGGGCGGCGACGACGACGCCGCGCUCGCGGCCGCGGACCUCGCGGUCGACGACCUGGCCGCGCUCGACGACGCGCUCCUCGCCAACGCGCUCCUCAAGGACGCGGGGCUCGACACCGCGGCGCGGCUCCGCGUGUUGCUCCGCGUCAAGGGCGGAAGCGAUGCGGCGGCGGAGGACCAGGUGCGGGUCGAGUGA